AGAGCGGACGGCCAUAUAACAGCCCAGCAGUAAUAUAACCUGAGCUGAGACGGCGAGUGGAUACGGACCAAGCCCGUCAUUUUAUCGUAACGUGGGUUCACCUGGACACCCUGAGACAGCACCAAUACGAUAAAGACAAUUGUUCAAGAUGUCUGGCGAUCGUAGCCUGCGAGUGAUCAAAAAAUGUAAAGUUGAACUGCUAAAAAUCAUUUAUCCCUUCAUAAAGGAUAUCCUUGACAGGCUUGAUGCAAAAGAAAUUAUCAAUCGUUCAGAUUAUAGUUGGUUAGAUGAAAAACCACGUGCGGAGCUGCCAAGGUAUUUGCUCGACCAUCUGAUCAAUAUGGGUGAAGGAGUCUGCACCAGAUUUCUCAAAGAGAUAUUGUCACCAUACUGCGGAGAAAAUCCUCAUCUGAGAGAUCGUAUGAAGGCUGAAGCAAACCCCGUGUACGAAGCAUUGAUGACUCCGAACACAGAAGAUGUCACGGAUAGUGUGACCUCAGGCACAGAGAGAGUGAAGGCAUCAAGAGAAGACUUUUACAAUUCAAAAAAGGGAGAAGAAUGUGUUUACCAGGUGAAGCCACGUGGACCAGCGAGACAGAGGCAGGCCCUCAUCAUCAACAAUAUGAACUUUACUAAAGGGUUAUCGAAGCGUAAUGGCUCUGACGAGGAUGUUAAGUACUUGGUGUGGCUUUUCAAGGAGCUGGAUUACACUCCGAUUGUACAUAAAGACCAAAGCGCAGAGGAGAUUGAAAACCUCGUGAAGAAGUUUGCGAAGAUGGACGAGCAUUGGCAUUCGGACAGCGCAUUUGUGGUUGUCAUGUCCCACGGCUGCAACAGAGGGGUCUUCGGAAAGGACAAUAGUGACCUGCUGAGCAUCGAGACGAUCUACACAGCGCUUAACAACAAUAACUGCCCAGGCCUGAAGGACAAGCCCAAGAUUAUCAUCGUGCAGGCAUGCAGGGGAGUUCACACUGCCACGGACUCAGCGGCACCGGAAGAGGUGGUGGACGCAUGCUGGGAGACGAGUAGCCGUAAGAUGCCCCGGGAGAGCGACAUGACCUGCCUCUACUCCACACUGCCUGAUGACGUAUCAUACCGGAGCCCAACUAAAGGCAGCUUCCUGAUUCAACAUCUGGUGGAGGUGAUAAAGGAGCACGCUUGCACAGAGCACGUGCAGGAACUGUUCACCAGAGUGAAGGACAGGUGCUCCGUGAAGGACCCACCGCAAAUGCCCGUGGAUGAGAGGAAUAGCCUCAGGCGUCGUUUCUACCUCUUCCCUGGCUUCUGAUGCCUCGUGGCGAACAUUCACGGAGCUUGCGGCGGGGCUCAUAACUGCUCACGCCAUCACAGAUGAUCAAUCGAACCUCCCCCCUCCCUUUGACGUUAAACUUACUGCUUUUCGUGACAGACAUUCUUAUCUGGUGUUUUUAAUGUCGGAUUUUUGUUACCAAUAUUUUUAUUUUUUUACUUGAUUACCAAUGAUUGCCAUGAGUAUUCUUAAUUUUUAUCUUUAAAAAUAUAACCGGACGGGGAAGCACAUGGUCUCCGUGUGGAUGGAAUGGCAGCUGUAAAUUAGUACACUUGCUGCACCGCCAGUCUCUUUCUUUCGAGGCAGAUGUAAACAAUGCCGUGAAGAUCUCGUGUUCCCACCUUGAAAUCAGUUUCUCGGUUACGUCUGCCGAUGGAGCGACGGCCGGUCAACGCAUUUGUGUGUUUUCGCGGAUUGACUCCUGCCAUUCCUCGUCGAUUGGGGACCUCAGAGUGUGGCAGUCACGGUGCUUCCUUGCACGUCUCUCCUCUUCUCUCGUCCAGUGAGAUUCAAGAUCAUGUGGCUUCAUAUUUUAAGGCCUUGCGAGGGCUUGCCUCCACUUAAAAAAAAAACAUUUUAACUAUUUUUUAUUUUACCAGGUAAGUCCCACAGAUAUAUAGUGCUUCUUUCAGAAAGGAACUGGCCACAAAUAAUAGCUCAAUGAAGUGACUUAUCAUGUAGAAAUUAAUAGCAGCCAAAUACUCUAAACGCAUGUUUCUAAAUGUGAAGGGAAAAACCGAAGGACCCGGAGAAAAAUCCACGCAACCACGGAGAGAGAGAGACAUGCAAACUCCAAAUAUACAGGCGUCAGUGUCAGGAUCGAACCCAAUACCCUCCUUCAUAGGAGGCGUGAUGGUCAACAUCUCGCCACUGUUAUAUUCAGGAGCCGUUUCAAUCUCAUGCCCCCGGCGGAGCCCCUCAAAGAUCUGCGGAUACCACGAUCGCAGUUACGUUCUCGGCGUGAGCGAACGUUCACUAUGGUGGAACCCGGCCGUGGAACUCCCAUCUACCUCUGGAGGUCAAGCCUUGGAGAGCGAUGACACCUCGAUAAAUUCCGUCUGAAUCCUGUGGCAAAAAAAUAAACUAGCUUUUUUCCUCGUU